AGAGAAGGAGAGGUCUUCACGGUCUAGGGCAGAAGCUCACGAAGAGGCGGGGCCUCCGGGCUUCGGGCGCGAGCGGUUGAAAGAUAGUUGGUGUCGGUUCGGCUGCUAAGGUCCGGUCCCCCCGUCCCAGGCCUUCUCCAUGGCAGACCCCGAGGAGGUGCGGGUCUCUUCGCCGCCCCCGCCACCUCCCUUCUCUCCUUCGUCUUCAGACGCCUCUUCAGCAUCUUCCCCCGGCGUCCCAGUGAGUUUGGGCUGGCCAGUUCCGAGCAGGAGCAGCGGCCAAACGGUGGACCCGCUGGAGGAGGUGGAGCUGCAGAUCGGAGACGCAGCGUUUUCAUUAACCAAACUUCUUGAAGCCACAUCUGCAGUAUCAGCUCAACUGGAAGAGCUUGCCUUCAAAUGUACAGAAAAUGCACGUUUCCUUAAAACGUGGCGGGACCUCUUGAAAGAAGGCUAUGAUUCUUUGAAGCCUGACAACUGAUUUGGCUGUGUAAUAAUUUAUGCUUCUUCAUUUAUGAUUUUUGCAUAUGUCCCAUAUGUGUAGGAUAAGCUCCAGCAGUUCUCUAUGCUCGGAAUGAAAUUUUUCUUGGUUUUCUUCACUUUUGUGAAAGCAGAAUACUGAUGUUAUUUUUGAUGCUGGCCCGUAUUUGUUUAUCUUUAAAUACUUUGUGUCCUCUAAACUUUCAUAGAAUAAUUUAUGAAAGUUAAUUUCAUCAGUAGAUAAUAUUAAUAAUGCCACAGUGUUAGGUAGCAAACUAGGUAGACAUCAUUCUAUUUGCUGUGCCAGAAGAUGCCAGGAAUGGCAGAGUUUGAAGUUGAGCUUGAUUUUAUGGACCAACGGAAGUGACUUGAAGGUUACCAAUGUUAGGUCCAGCUCCAUUAGGCUGAGUUGCCCGGAACCUAUGAUUGUGUCUUUAUUUCUCUAUCCCCAACACCCAGAACAGUGUCCCAUAGCAAUCACUAAAUAUUUGUUGAAGAAAAGAGUUGACAACACAAUUAAAAGCUAUUUUUUCCUUCCUUCCUUUCUUUACCAUGAAGAUUAUAAUUGUUUCUCUAAAAAAUAUUUGAAUGAGAACCUCACUGACUUAAAGGAAAAUGUUCUCUUUUUUUACAGCAAUUUGAAUUUUGAUGGCAGCUUUUUAAAAUAUAAUAAAUAUUUUUUGCCCUUCUAUGAUGCUUUUUAGAAAAGCUUUUACUUCAGAAAAUGAAAAAAAUGCAUAUUUUCCCCCCUAUUUCUAAGGUUAAUUGCUUUUACAGAUAGUAUUGCUUGUAUUUGACAUUGUUACAUGUUUGAUUCCUCUCUUUAAAGCAGCUUAUCAAAAUUAUGGCUCUGUACUGUUACUUUUGGAGCUUUGCAAGUAGUAAUUCUAAAUUCUAAAUAUAAUACUUGUAAAGAAGUUACUUUGGGGGCUGGCCGGAUUAUGUAGUGGUUAAGUUCUCGUGCUCUGCUUCAGUGGCCCCGGGGUUUGUGCGCCCCGAUCCCAGGCAUGGACCUACACACUGCUUAUCAAGCCUUGCUUUGGCGGAGUCCUGUAUGCAAAAUAGAGAAGUUUGGCAUGGAUGUUAGCUCAGGGACAGUCUUCCUCAAGCAAAAAGAGGAAAAUUGGCAAACGGUGUUAGUUCAGGGCCAUUCUUCCUCUCACAUACACAGACACUCACACAAAAUGACGUUACUUUGUUUUUAAUUCAUCAAAUUUAAAUAAUGUGAUUGUUUUCAUAUUAUUUGACCUGAAUGACGAUGUUGUAUUUUACUUGUCCUAUAUCUUACAUUGCUCUCUCUCUUUUUCUUUUUUUUUAGUGGUUUGUCAAUGAUUAAGCCAGCUAGUUCUCUACUGUAUAACUUCUGUUCAUCUUUGAUAUGGCAUCUUAAUUCUUUGUAGAUAUGGAGAUGUGUACAGAGCUAUAUUUUAAAGUCCCACAAACGGGCUGUGACAGGGGACAAAUGGAUGGGCAAAGAAUAGUUUUGUUUAGCAUGUUAGGUCAUAGUUCUUAAUCUUUUUAAGUUAAAGAUAGAACCUAUAGUAUGUUCCUAUACCAAAGACGUGUAUUUUGAUAUUAGAAAAAUAUUUUUCAUGUGUUGUGAAGAUUGUAAUUUUUAAAAUGUAUGAAAAUAAAUUCUUGUUAAAAGCAAA